AUGUUCACGUUGGUCAUGUUGGACAAUGACUUGGGGACUCGCGAGAUACCCGACGUUUCAACUGCCAGGUCUCACCUCUAUCCAUCGCCGUUCAACAUCAUGACGGAGCUCUUUGCAGUCUUGGUUCCGAGAUAUGUUCUAAAUGAGAGCUUAGCCUUGACUAACACCAUCACUGAGCAUUAG